AUCUUAGGCCUUCGCAAACGUUAAGUAAUGUAUGUGAAUAUGCAAUUUUUUUUUUUUAACAGAUCGUGAACUCGGUCAGGUCAAUUGCGUGUAAUUUUGAUGACUGGUCAUUAAAACUAGUAUUGUACAGUCAUAUUUUUAAUGAACCGGUGUUGGAAGUAUGGGAAAAUAUUAUAGUUUUGAAAAUACUUCAAUUUACAUAUAGGUCAAUAUCUUAACCCAUCAUUUGUGUUGUCUUGGUACUAACACUAAUACAGACCUUUGCUUUGUUACUGUUUAUGAGAAGUCCGAGUCCAUAACACAUGUUAUUUCUGUCUUUCUUGAACCGCUCACUAUCGCCAUGGCGAUCACAAUUGUCUGCGGUUGUUGCUGUUGGUCGUUGCAUUGUGCUAUAAUUUGCAUGUUAUAACAGUAUUUUGUUUAUGUUUUGGCGAGGCUGAACAUUGCAGACUUGAGAUUGAUAAGGAUAUCAGUGAUUACAUCUGAAGAAAUACGACUUAACCUUAAACUGCUUUGAGCUUAUCUCGAAUAUUUGGUUUGAAUUUUACAGCAAUAUUGAACCGCUUGCACCUGCAACUAAUUUUAAGUGCGUCCACCGACAUUGUCCUUCCUAUUCACGUCCUGCUUCAAAGAAUUGUUUAUUUAUCGCGAAAUAGUGAAGAUUUCCCCAGGCAGCUAUUUUAAUAAGUGCUGUCGGAUGGAAGUGUCACUGGGAUUACUCGUCAACAAGACCGAUAGCGAAUGAGGAGAAUUAGGCAACAUCCAGGAACAUGAUUUUUAUCGUUUUCUCGUUAUUUCAAACACACUUAUUUCAGCCAAACUCCUUGACGAAUUUUCAAAAAAUCUCGAAACCGCACCAAAGCGAAAAAACCUACAUAAUCAAAAGAUCUCUCGAGGACCAAAACAAGCACUGCAGGUGUAAAGUAUAACCUUGUAAAUUCGUUUUCAGGAAAAUGACCCAGACUACAAUUCGGUCUCAUUACGUAAUGCUUAACCCCUGGAUGGACUUCCUUGAAGUAACCGUGCAAAAGUAAAAAGAACUUAAUACAGUAAUGUCUGGGACGUAAAAUUGAGUGUUCAAAUCUCGAUACUCCUACAUCAGCUAACUUGAUGGCUUUUAUUUCGUUGAAAAUUAUGGGAUAGAGUAGAUCUGGUUAGGUGUUCAUACGCUUAACGAACGAGUUGUGUUCAUUUUAUGUUGGUGUGAACAGGGUACAAUACCUGUUUGAUUAAAAUAUGGUUGCAAACUUAUUUGAAAUUUGUCUUCUCAAAAUGACUGCAAAGAGUAAUUGACAAAUUGGAAAAACCUUAAUCUGACAGACUUAGUUAAACUAGUUUAGGUGGUGUAAAUGAGGCACAAUCAGAGACAAGAUGUGGUUUAGCCAAUCAGUAAGCAGGCAAAACCGCGGCCACCACUUUCCCGCGUGUUACACGUUUGCACGAAACUGGUUGAACCUAGCAAUUCUUAACAUAAAAUUAAGAAAAACGUACUUACUUUUUAUCUACAUAGAAUGGGCAGGAGCCCAUCCCAAUGGGCUCCUGGAAUAGGAGAACAGUAUAUCUCGACGAUAGUAGCGGAGAACAAUACAUCUCUACGAUAGUAGCGAGCAUAUGGAACUGGUAGUAGAAAGGGUCCCUCAAAUUUUUCUGUAGGUAUCGCUGCGAUCAUUUGGAAAUAAGCCUUACGUGUUUCUGCUAGAAAGAUACGUGAAUACAUUACAUGUUAAUUGAAGAGAUAUAUUACACGGCAGUUAACCUGAGAAGGCCCUUUAAAUUGAUUUUAAAUUGUGCAUUAGGCACCAAGUCUGAUUACUGUUUAGGAAUCGAAGUAUUAGUAUAAAUUUACAAAAUGUAAAACUGAAAAAUAACUCCUUGUGUAUGUAUAAAGCAGCCACAGCAUUAUUUAAUGUGUUUUUAAUUUUUCUCGGGCUUAACGACAGAAUGUUUUCUGUUCCCUGAUAUUGUCUACUUGGCCCUAUGCAAUUGCCCCAGAGGGACACAAUGUCUGAUGAGGCCACAAAGGUGACUCAAACCCUGACAGCAUUCUAUUAGCAUAGAUAGAGUUCAGCUUCAUUAACUACGGGCGUUUCGCUUUAGUAAUGAAGUUCUGUGGUGAUUUCAACUUUUGACCGGAGAGGGCAUUUGCAGCCUUUAAAUCAGUGGUUUUACUCACAAGGAUACAGUGGGAAGAGUAAAAAGCGAAGGAUUAAGCAAGGGUCGACUUGUGGCAAGACUAGGUAAAUGGGAGAAAUUGAAUGAACUGUUCUUUAACAGUUAUGAUAACUUAUCGCUUCUGACCGCCUAUUUAUAAUCAAAAUACGUGGAGGCGCAACAGCUCCUUCGCUAGACAAUUUGUAUGCUGAUACCUUUUCGGUGCAAUCAUGGAGAAACUGCAGUAUAUAACAUAAUUGAGUAAAUAAUUCCUUCUGAAAUCGAGAGAAUUUUGAGAGAAGAAACCAAACACUUUAUUUGCUUCAGUCCACUGUUGAUUAGAUUUUGCUCCCUUAGUUAUGUGUAGAAGUGAAAAGCAUUCCAAAGAUAAACAGAGUUAGCAAGACAGCUCUUUUUCUCUUCUACGCGACGAGUUUCACUCGAGUUUCUGACCGUUUAGAGUGGAUAGAAAGAAACAUUCCGCUUCUAUUGCCAAUUUGCACUGAGAAACAAAGACAAUCAGGGUUAUUCGUUAUGUGCAGUGAGUGAAGCAACUGAAUUACCACGGCUUUCAAAUGCUAAAUUCGAGAUAAAUGUCUGUAUGAGAUGUAUUUCUUUAUACAUGCUGAAUUAGUUGUCAAUCCGAGUAAACUUGUAUUAGGUGGGUUCAUGCGGCGGGUCUAAAACACAGGUCGCGGAUCAUUGUUUUACCAAUACUGGAACAACCCUAACCCCUUCCUAAUGCUAACCUUACGCCUAAAUACUACACUAAGACAAUGUUUAGGCUUAAGGUUUGUACUAGUAAAGGUUUAAGGUUGUUUCAGUAUUGGUAAAACAAUAAUAGCCUGUGACUCGUGACUUGUGUUUUAAACCCGCCAGGGUGCGUUGAAGUCUACUUUGAAUCACGAACAUUCAAACGUUCUAACGUGAUGGUUAUCUGCUUUCAUUAUUCUCGGAAGAUGUCGCUCAGUCAAGUUCCUUUUGUAGUGCUGCGAAGUCGUGCACGUGCUGCGAGAUAUUUCCUAGACUGUCUCGUAGUCCUUCGCAGCGUUUUCGCUUCUCUUCCGCGAGCUCUUCGCCCUCAGGUUUUAAAAUCAUGGACAUUUUAUUAUCUUUCCGAGCUCGGCUUUCGCACCUCGGCUUGCGGGCAAGCUCAAGCAUUUUCCUGAAACUCGCAAUUUUUUUCUUCCACUGAGCAUCAUGUACCCCUUUGUGUCCUUGUGUGAAUUGUCAAGCUCGGAGUCCGGCCUCUAUUUGUGUGUCACUUAAUCAUAGAUGCUACGUGUUCAUCUGAAAUGCAAAACAAUUUACAUGUAAAACAACUCACCACGAUUCAUGCACUUCCGUUGUUUAGAGGUUCAUCGAUCCAUGACCUUUACACUCCACUUCCCGAAAUUAUGACGUUGUUGGAUCAACACAGUUUUUUAUAGAACGGAUCUCAUCCACUCGAUCUCACCAAAUAUAGAUUUCCCGCCAAAUUGAAACGCACUGCGCCAAAAUUUCGCCGGCAAUGUUUUUCGAUGGAUGCUACCCGGCCAGACUAGAAGUUGUGAGCCGUUGUGAAAGAAAAUGUCUUCGAUUCUUCGUCAAAAGGACUAUUCCGGCAAAUGAAUCAAUUGUGGUCUUAUGAUUGCCUGAAGCAGUAAGUUUUGUAGCAUACUUGAAGUUGUCGUUAACCUUAUUUGUUGUCGAGUCUCUUUCAUCGGUUGGUUUGUAAUCUCGCAGUUUAGAUCAGUUUCAUAGUUAAACUGAGCUUGUAAACUAAUGGAUAAAUUAAGCUUUUAAGUGAUAGAGUGAGAACCUUAUUAUCGCUUAGAUAUCUAAUAAGUUUUCUUUAAAUCAUUCUGUUGUUGUUUCGGUCUCACCAGUGUUGUUUUUACAGUUCAAAGUUCUUCAAAAUAUUCUCGAGUAAUAAUUAUUUAGUAGAAACCUCCGCCACAUAUCUCAACAUUACUUUAGACCUUACUCGUAGAAAAACAACAGCAACAUGUAAGCUUAUGCGCAAUUGUGCUUCCACUUGAACUCUAUUUAAUUUCCUCUUCGUUUUCUCGCGAUGUUUUUCCACAAGAUUUUGUGUUACAACCCUGAGCUUGUUUGGAUGAAAAUUCACCAAAAAGCCGACUUUCGAAACUCGACUCAGAUGAAAUUGUCGCUCAGGCUUCUCGUUCUCAGAAAGCGCUAUUUUAAACUGUGUACAUGCAAACCCUGUCGGAUGGAGUUUGAAGAAAAUAACCGACCAGUACGGCUCUCUAACUGUGUACCAAACAAAGGCUUUAAGAAAUUUGCUACCGAGUUGAAGCAACUGAAGCAAUUGACUACGUCGGUAACUGGGCAAUGCCGCGAAACAAAAGGUUCACCUUCAGUGAUUUGUACAGUGAAAUGGUUCUGCUCGUGCGAAAUAAAUAUUGCUUCAUUUCCUUGCCGUUCUCUGCAAAACAACAACGUCAAAUUACCCGGCAAAUUCGGCGUUAUCAGUGGCGAAUCUAGGGGAGGCCCCCAAUCUUCGGUUUAAAAAGGAGAAAUCACAGAAGGAAGAAAAGCCGGCAGGGCAACCAAAACAAAACCGCCCCUCUCCUCCUCGCUGCAGGUCUGGAUCACCCAUUGGUUAUUGUGAACACAGCAGCGAUUUUUUAUGGGUUUUUUUUUCAUGGAAAUGAACACUGUAUUAAAAUACAUUUCGCAGUUGUGGGAUAGCUCAGUCUGAGUGUGAUGGACAAACAAAAUGACUUUGAGUUUCCGCGGAUCAUUGGCAGGUUAAAUAUCAAUAUUUAAUCAUUUUUAACUCCACGUCGUUUAAGAAUUGGGCAUCGAAAAGAUAAACAUUUUACCGAAAAUGUCUCGGAAACAAGAUAAAUUUUAGCGAUAUGUUUUUUUUUUAAUUAUGCUUGCUGUUUGAAUAUUGAUUGAUGUGUCAGUUUCUAAGGAACUGAUCCUUUCUCUUGCAAAUGCCAUAUUUAUUCAGUUGUCUUCAUACUCAGAAGUGAUAAUUAUAAUCAAAAUUUUCACACAUCGUGCUCUGAUAAUUAUCGGUCUUGGCAAAAGAGCAAGGGCGGCGAUCGGGACCGGAAAAGCAUGGUUUUUUGAUAGAGAACUUAGAAGCACUGAGACCAAAGCAAGACAGAGUUAAAUCUUUGUUACAUCUUUGGGGCCCUGUUCACACCGUAGAAACCAUUACUGGAGUUCCGAGUCACAUAAGCAGCGUAUACGGUGGAGAUUGGUUAAGACUUUCAAGAUAGAGACAGUAGUCGGGCAGUAAAGAAGAACAACUCCGAAGCUCGAUGUGUGGUGCAGCGCUGAGGAAUUGCCCGCGUCAUGAGUCGUUUAAAGCUGCGAUGGGCCCUCACUCGUGUAGCUCUGGUUAUGUGCAUCUUGUUAGCGGUACAGUUCUUCAGCCAGCUUGGCUUGCUAACCACACGAGGCCCAGAUUGCGAACAAAUGCGGGUAGUGAGGGAGAGGGUUGGCGUGCAAGCCAAUCCCGAGGGCAGCAUUGAACAGGUUGUGUCCGUUAAAACUGAGGCUGUGAUCACGCAGAUACCUGAAGUGAAACAAGAUGCACCGGGUAGUAAUAUCAAAAACUCACAGAAGUUGAUUGAUGACUUAAAGCGUAUUGCCGUGAAACUUACCGAGGUACAACGCGGUUUAGUAUCCUACGCAGUACAUUUUCACCGCAUUGGAAAACAAAUUGAAUCGUUAAAUAGUGUAAUAAAAUCCUUAGGUGGAGAAAGAGUUCAAGAUGAAAAAAGUUCUCUUGUAGACAGGUCCAUUUCUGUACCAAAGAAAGAGGUCUGUCCCGAACAAUUUAUGGGAAAGACGUUGGCUUACGGCUAUCCUUAUUUCAGAAAAGGUUUCCAGCGGCAAAAUUGUACGGAGUUUGUUCCCAUUAACAAACUUGUUACAAUUAUUGUUAUUUUACCCGAUGAGCUGUCGGCUGCAGAUCAGUUCCAAGUUUUCCAAGGCAUCGCGAAGUAUUAUCCAAACAUACGAAUUGCAUCUGCGUCGAAGGAAAAGCUGCCAGUCGACAUGUUAACAAAACUUAAGUUGAAUUUAAAGAACAUAGUCACUAAGGAGUUGACACACGGGGAGACAUGGUCCAAGUUACUCCAAGAGGUGACCACGCCUUACGUCCUCUUUGCCCCGGAUAUUACUCACUUUACUGAUGACGUAGACCUUGAGCGCCUCGUUCGCGUGCUUAGCGACAACAACGAUGCUGUCAUCGCCGGGGGGAGCCAUCGUAAUCUCCGGGGGGAGUGGGACAUAGGCUGUCUUCAAGUGACAUUUAGAAACUGGACGGCGUUUUUUAGAGGCGGUUAUUACCACUCGUUUACUGAGUGUGUAGUGUGUGAUGUACUGUCUGGUCCUUUUGUGGCCAAAACUGAGGGAGUCAGGAAAGUUGGACUAGAUGAAAAGCUAGCUUUCGGUGUCUUCCAGGACUUGUUCUGGCGCUUGAAACUCAAGCACCCAGAGAAGAUAGUCGUCAGCUGUCCCGACGUUAUGUUCAACAUCUACCCACGGGAGAUCCCGGACGAUAAGUACACCAGCUUAGCUCAAAAGUGGGAAGUAAAAAAAUGGGUCGACUCCGAUGGUAGAGUUCGCUGGUAUGGCUGCAGACGCGGUCACUCUCACACCAACUCAGGAGCUUGUAGUUUUAAUACAGGGCUCGGUGUUCCGCCAUGUGAUCUAGAAAAUCUGGCGGACGCGAUCAAAUUCGUCAUGAAGGAGUGUGAAGACGCAGGGUUGUUCUGUGAGCUGCAGGAAGGAACGUUAUUAGGUGCUGUCAAAUUCAACAAGGUGUUGCCAUGGGAACGCGACGCUGACAUUACCUUUUUAACAGCCAACUACACGGCAUUUAAAAAGCUUCGUCCAAAAUUCUCAGCGGCUGGUUACAGCCUCAGUGAUGACGAUGGGUCGCUGUGGUGCUGCGCGGACGGCCGGCAGGCUGGGGGCAAGUUCCGAGUGGGUACAACCCGCUGGACACUGGAACUGUAUGGCCAACACAUGAUGGAGUCCGAGAUGCUUGUAGCGAGCGGUCAGCGGCCAACUAAAUUGCAGUUUGCCGGGCAAUGGGUCACUGUGAUGCGCAAUCCCGGACUUUUUGCUCGUAAUCGAUAUGGGCCCAAGAUAUAUCGGCACGCGGAGCACUGGAUGGACACGGGCCAUAACACAGGAUGGGCCUUUUACUCUGCCGGUUCCUUUACUAAAUGUUCCAAGCUGGGUCACUCGGGAUGUCUUGACCAGUUCCCUGCCGACGGCAAUCUACAGUUUAGCGACUACCCCUUCAGUUAAUGCCGCAAACAUUGAUGUCGUCGUACCAGCUUCUACUGGCCCUUCGGUAUUAUUGUUUCUUUUGUCAAAUGGUGCAUAAUAGCACUUCCACAUUGCCUUGUUCAACACUAGAAAAUACUGUUAUGCUUAGAUUUGUAGAUUCCUACGUAACAGCACUGCGUUUGGCAGUGUCGUACAUUUAGAUGCCAUACAAUGGUUUCCUCGAAGAAGGUCAGAUAGUUACGAAUUGAGACGGAAUACAAAAAUUGUUCAACGACUGCCUUUGGUCACAGUUUAUAGAUUAUAACUGGAUCAUGUUAUUUGGUCUGAAAUCUACAUUUUCUUAUACUUUGCUCCUAACAACGGUAUGAACUUCACGUUCAGGGUUACAAACGUUAAAAAGUGCUUGUUUUAAACAGCCAUCAAGUCUUCUUAUUGCCAUACAGAGAUCACAGCGUGAUCUCAAAUGAAACGAAAUUAUUUAUAACAGUCAGGUAUCUUUUUCGACGAGUUUCUUUCUCGCUCUGUUUGCUGUAUAUGCGAAAACCGAGUGUUGCUUUUAAAUGCCGAAUUAAUCACUCUGAAGGCAUGCGUGGUAUUUUUAAAGAAAUAUAUUUUAAAAAAUCCAAACAUCUUUAAUGUUAAUCGAGAAUAAACUAUUUUUUGGCAUUCA